AAGCUGCAAAGGCGUUAUUGGAUUUGGGAUUGAAAGUCACGAUCCUCGAAAGAAAUCCUAGAUUGAUGGCUAGACAACUGGAUAAAAAGGGCGGAAAGAUGUUGGCCAAUGAGAUUGCCAAAUUGAAUAUCGAAUCUUGGGUAGACAAUGGACCAAAAGAAGUAAUCCUAGAUGACGAUAACAACAAAGCAAAGGGGAUUUUAUUUGAGGAUGGUAAAGAAGCAUCGUUUGAUAUGAUAAUUGUGGCAGCUGGUAUUAAACCACGUGAUGAUGUUGUAAAAGGUUCAAACAUAAUUUCUCAUCCUAGAGGUGGCAUCUUAAUCGAUGACAACCUGCAAACAAAUGAUCCACACGUAUUUGCCAUUGGUGAAGUUGCAUUGCAUGCAGGAAUGAUUUACGGAUUGGUGGCACCUGGUUAUGAAAUGGCCGAAGUCUUGGCAAAGAAUUUAUGCUUCGAAUCCUCAAAUAUCUUAUUCAAAGGUGGUGAUUUAUCCUCCAAGCUUAAGUUGUUGGGUGUAAAUGUUGCAAGUUUUGGUGAUUAUUUUGCUAGCAGUGAUGUGGCAAAUGGGUUGGUGUAUACGGAUCCAUUUGGGGCUAUUUACAAAAAAUAUUUGUUUUCAAAAGAUGGUAAACGUUUGUUGGGUGGUAUUAUGGUUGGUGAUACAACUGAUUAUACCAAACUCCACGCGCUCUGUAAAUCAAAAAAACCCCUAACCGUUGAGCCAGGUGAAUUGAUUCUCGGUGUGAAAGGCUCUUCAGCUGAAUCGAUCGAUGAUUUACCUGACGAGGCACAAGUUUGUUCAUGCAACAACGUUUCAAAAGGUCAAAUUCGUGAUUCUAUCACUAAAGAGAACGGGUGUCGCUCACUUGGUGAAAUCAAAUCAUGCACAAAAGCUGGUACAGGUUGUGGUGGUUGUAUGCCACUGGUGACUGAGAUCUUCCAGGCACAAAUGAAAUCAAUGGGCCAAACAGUCAAGCAAUCCUUAUACCUUGUCAAUGCAGGUUUUGAAUCUGGUCAUGCCUAUGGCAAAGCAUUGAGAACCGUGAAGUCAUGUGUUGGUUCGUCAUGGUGUAGGUAUGGAAUUGGUGAUUCGGUUGGAUUUGCUAUACGUAUUGAGAAUAGAUAUCGCGGUAUCAGAUCGCCGCAUAAAUUGAAAGGUGGUGUUUCCGGUUGUAUAAGAGAAUGUGCCGAAGCUCAAGGAAAAGAUUUUGGGUUGAUUGCAACUGAUAAAGGUUUUAAUGUCUAUGUUUGUGGUAAUGGUGGUGCUAAACCUAAACAUGCUGUUUUAUUGGCUAAAGAUGUACCUGAAGAAUUAUGUAUAAAGUACUUGGAUAGAUUUUUAAUGUAUUAUAUUCAUACUGCUGAUAAAUUAACACGUACUGCUAGAUGGCUUGAAAAAAUGGAAGGCGGAAUUGAUUAUUUACGUAGAGUAGUUAUUAAUGAUCAUCUUGGAAUAUGUGAAGAAUUGGAAAAAGAUAUGGAAAGACUUAUCAACACAUAUCAAUGUGAAUGGGCACAAGUAGUCAAAGAUCCAAAGCGUCGUAAUGAAUUUAGGCAAUUUGUUAACACGGAGGAUACACAAACUUCAAUUGAAAUAAUUACAGAACGUGGACAAAAAAGACCAGCGGAUUGGCCAAAAGAUGUAUCAGUAUUACAACCAUUAAUGAGUAAUGGCAACGGCGAUGUCGUAAGCAAUGGUAAAAAUGAAUUAACUGGAAAAUCUUGGGUAAAAAUUGCACCAGUUGAUUUAUUCCCAGAUAAUUCCGGUAAAGUUAUAAAAUAUGGUGACACUCAAAUUGCAAUAUUCAAUUCACACGAUAAAACCCAAUGGUACGCGACACAAAACAUGUGUCCGCACAAAAGAGCUUUCGUGUUAGCGGAUGGAAUACUUGGUGAUGAUGAAAACGGGGUUGUUAAAGUUAGUUGUCCAAUGCACAAGAAAAACUUCUCGUUGGAAAGUGGUGAAUGUAUAUCAGAUGAAAUUAUUGUAGGUUGUGAAAGUGUUGGUUGUGGCGAUAAAAAAUUAGAUUGGUAG